AUGCGGUUACCGUAUCGACGACGCCGUGCGGCCCGCCGCCCAGGUCCCCUUGGCACAGGCCUUCUCGCCCUCACAGCGCUCGCGCCAUCAUUAUCGGGAGCCAUCAACUUCACGGCAGUCCCGUCUCCAGAUCUUGACCUUUCUAAUCUUGGGAGGAUAGCAAUCACGGGCGACUACAGCGGCAUAUCGUUAUACGAGUAUGAGGGCCAGAUUCAGAAGCCGCUCAGCACAAAUGGCAGCGAGUCCCUUCUAGCCAGGCUCCCCAACGGGGCCCUGGCCUCGAUCGUGCCGAGCGACGGCUCCAUCCGGACUAUGUGCACGUUCAAACGCAAAAAUGGCAACCUGGCUGGUGUGGUAAUUGGCGGCAACUUCACGAGCCUCGACGGCACCGAGUCAACGGCAAUCGCCCUCGUCGAUUCCGACACAGCAAAGGUCACACCGUUCAGCGGCAUCGAAGGCGACGUCAAGGCCGUGUACUGCGAUCAGGCACGGGACACCAUCUAUGUCGGCGGCAACUUUAAAGGUGGCAAUUCGACCAAUGCCCUCGCUUGGGUCGGCAUGGAGGGCUGGAACAACCUUCCCUUUGCCGGCUUCAACGGACCGGUUGAGACCAUCACCAAGGCCUCCAACGGACACAUUAUUUUCGGAGGCACCUUCUCCGGCCUGGGCAACGCCAGCACACCCAGCCGGCCCGAUGACCAGGUCAUCAAUCUGUCUACCGCGAACAUCACCGGCACCAACAACGCGGCGGCCAAUGGCUUUGGCGACCCCAAGAGCAUCGUCUGCGGCGAUGGUACGGACGGUGCCGGCAAAACGUGGCUGCUGCAAGAUCAAACGCCGGGAACUUGGGAGGCGAGGUUUGGGUACGGCUUUGAGCCCACGAAGCUCAGAUUGUGGAACACCCACCAAGACGGCCGUGGCACCAAGACGUUCCGAUUUCUGGCCUUUCCUCUCAACGGCAUCAUGAACUUCACUUACGUCGAUCCCGCCACCGGGCAGAACGGGACCUGCACGAGCGAAUGCCCCCUGAGCCAAGACCCAAAAGUCGAGUUUCAGGACUUUCAUUUUGUCAACCGCGUGGGCAUGAACAGCUUUCAAAUUGCCAUUUCGGACUGGUACGGCAAGGGCGCAGGCUUAGCGGGCAUCCAGCUCUUCGAGGACGACAUCUUCGCCUACGCCAUUGCCGAUUUCAACGAACCGAAAUGCGGAGGCAUCACACUACCUUCCACUGCCACGGCAACCGGUCCUUGGAAGCAUUCACCCUCCGUGCAGAGCAACGCCGACUAUCUGACGGCGGCGCUUUCCGGUGAUAUUUCCUCCAAGUCUGCCUCAGUUGUCUUCUUCCCCAGCAUCCGCGAGUCCGGCAACUAUUCGGUCAACAUGUACACUCCUGGCUGUAAGCCAGACAAUACUUGCGAGACGCGCGGGCGAGUCAACGUCACGGGGACUAUGUCGGCCGGUGCCGUCAACGCCGACUUCACAACUAGCCUGUACCAGACCAACAACUUUGACAAGUACGAUCAGAUCUACUUCGGCUACAUCGAGAAGACUUCGGACAGUUUCAAGCCCAGCGUCACUAUUACGCCACUUGACGGACAAAACGUUGACAAACUGACCAUUGUGGCCCAGAGGGUUGGAUUUACGCUCAUCAACUCCACCGGUGGACUCAAUGGACUUUUCGAUUUCGACCCUGAUAACGGAGCAGCCUCCAUCUCGGACUUGGAGAAGUCGGCCAUCAACAAACUUGGGUCCAGCUUCAACCAGAACGCGGGCGUCAACUCGCUCGUCGCGUCUGGGGAUACAAUCUUUGUCGGCGGAAACUUCACUUCUGAUGAUUACGCCAACGUUGUCGCCAUCGGAGGAAGCAAGCAGGAUGUGCAGUCCCUCGACGGCGGCCUGAACGGAAUCAUCCGCCAGAUGCACUUGGAAGACGGCAAGCUCUACGUGGGAGGCGACUUUACCAACACCAAGCAGAAAGGCAAGAACGGCCUCAACCAUGUGGCCGUAUACGACGUCAAGGCUAAGACUUGGAAUCCAUUGGGGGCUGGCGUCGACGGAAGGGUGGAGCAGGUGGUUCCAUUCCUCAUCAACGCUACGUCAGAUCGCACGGAAACAGCAAUUGCCUUCACCGGCAGUUUCUCCAAAUGCAACGGCUUCGGAGACAACAAGGACUCCGCUGUCGGUGGCUUCGCCAUCUGGGUGCCGUCGAAGAGCAACUGGCUGCAAAACCUGGGCGACUCCGUACCGUCCUACAAUGGCAUCCUGACUGCCGCCGUCCUGGAUCUUCCCAACAACAACUCGCUCUUCGCUGGAUCCAUGUCAUCUGCACAGAUUGGUGCCAACGGUGCGGUCACGCUCACCGACGCCGGCCUGGGCAGGUUCCCCGUCAACAUACAAGCGCAGCAGCCACAAGGCAAGACGACACGACGAGACACCCUCUCGAAUGAGGCUCUACGAGGCGUCGUUACAGGGACCUUCUACAACAAAAACGGCAACAAUAUCACUGUUCUCGCUGGACACUUCACCGCUCAGUCCGAAAACGGUACUGCUAUCAACAACCUCGUGCUCAUCGAUGGCAAGAACGGCAAUACCCUGAGCGGGCUGGGUUCUGGCGUUUCCACCGAUUCGACAUUUACAGCCGUUGCGGUUCGUGAGGACGUUCUUUUCGCCGGAGGCAAGGUGACUGGCACCGUCCAGGACCGUCAGAUCAACGGCCUCGUUGUGUGGGACAUGAAAUCCAAGACGUUCCCCACCCAACCAGCUCCGGUCAAUGGUGGAAACGCAACAGUCUCGGCCAUAUCCAUUCGCGAUGGCACGACGGAGGUCUACGUUGCCGGAUCGUUUACGAAGGCUGGAGCUCUUGACUGCCCCGGCAUCUGCCUGUACAACACAGAAUCCUCCCGGUGGACGCAGCCAGGCAAUGGUUUGUCGGGCACGGUGCAGUCUCUGAUGUGGACCAGCACCUCGACGCUCCUUGCUGCCGGUGACAUGCGUGCCAAUGGCUCCGACGGCCUCUACCUGGCCUCCUACGACGCCAAGGCGCAGACGUGGGCGAGCUUCAGCAACUCCGGAGAUAUCCCAGGGCCGAUUACGGCAAUCACUCCGGCUUCGAGCGAUGCCAAGCAAGUGUGGAUUGGCGGGAAGUCGGCCAAGGAUGGGUCUACCUUCAUCAUGAAGUUUGAUGGUAGCAAGUGGCUGUCCGCGAAGCCGACUUUAGGCAAGGCAACAACGCUCCGGAGCCUUCAAGUCUUUUCUCUCACGACUGCUCAUGACAAGACGGAUAUCCUGGGCGACAAGCAGGCACUGAUGCUCACCGGCUCCAUCGACAUUCCCGACGAAGGAACGGUAGCAGCCGCACUCUUCAAUGGCACGCACUACCAACCAUAUGCCAUCACGACGAGCCCAGGCCAGACGGGCGGGAGCAUCGCCAAGAUUUUCGUCGAAAAAGACAGUUUCUUCGAGGCGCCCGGUGGCCACAUGCCACUUGUCUUUGUCGUCUUGAUCGGCUUGGCGAUCGCUCUUGGUCUUGUUCUCUUGAUGGUGGCUGCUGGCAUCCUCCUUGACCGGCUACGGAAGAAGCGCGAGGGAUACACUCCUGCGCCUACUUCAAUGUACGACCGCGGGAGCGGCAUCCAGAGGAUACCGCCGCGCGAGCUCCUCGAGCAGCUCGGCAAGAGUCGCUCGGCGGCGCCGCACGUGUGA